UCUUUGUAUUUCCUCUAUGUCAACCCAUACAAAUUUAACCAAUCAUACAAUGAUAUAGGAUAUCUAUGUCUAGUGAUCAUAAAGUCCGUUCAGUGUUACAAUGAAAAGCAAAACUCGCCUUAUCUUUGCAUGAUGAAUAUAUUCUGCAUAUUGGAUAAGACAUGAACGUGUUGAUUUCAUUGGAUUGGGGUAUUUUAUCAUACACUUACGUUUUUAUGUACAUAUGUAUGUACGAUCCCUUCUAAGUUGGGUCCUUUGAAGUCAGAUUCCAGGUAUCCACAUGGGCAAGGACCACGGCGCUUUCCUUGUCCCUUAGCACCAUCACGUGAUGUGCUUUUGUAGGCUACGACGUCGCGGCACGCGCCUUGGCCGAUCUCUGCAGCCGACCUUACUUUCCAUACAACACUUAAGACAUUAGCUGUGCGAAAUCAACAACCAACCCCAAUACUAACGUAGGGAAUUGUAUGAUGAUCGAUGGGAAUGAUAUAAUCUGCGCUUAGUGAAAUGAAAUUAUGACAUAUCGCGGCUCGAUGCCCCAAGGCCACGGGUCGGGGUUCAAUGGCCAACAAACACAUUAUCCCCAGAACAACGCCGUGAAUGGUUACGAUGCCUGGGGUAAUCCGCAAUUUCAACAGCAACCACAGCAGCAACAAUACCAAAAUCAGAACGUCGUAUUCACUCGAGCCCUAUACCCCCAGCAACCCUCGCAAUCCCACAAUGUUCAUCAACAACAGCAAAUUCACCCAUCACAGCAAGAUGCGAACUUCCACCAAUUCCAAUCCUACGACCCCUCCUUCGAUCAACGGCCUCUUCAACCAUCGCCGCAUACCGGGGUAAAUACGCCAACCCAUAUGAUGCACCCUAUGCAGCAAAAUGUUUUGCAUGCACCUCAGCAUCAUCAAUAUGUUCAGCAACCAGAUUGGCAACAUAUGCCCCCACCGAUGCCGAUGCCUUCGCCCUCCUACCAAGCGCCGCAUAGCACACCACCCGUAACGCCGCAAACCAUGCCUCAGGCUUUACCUCAACAGCAAGCGCAAUACCAGUACCAGCAACAGCACCAAUACCAACACCCAUAUCAACAACAACCACCGCAACAGCAACAACGAUCCUUUACUCAGCAUACUAAUUCACCCAUGGUCCAGUCGCCUCAGUUGCCAACCCAGUUCGUCCAGACCCCCAAUAAUAGACAUACUAGCGCAGGUGCACGAAUGGAUCACGCCAACUCCGUCUCCGCGAGUCCCCGAUUAACUACUCAUGCCAUCACGAGAAGCCCAAGCGUCAGUUCCGCACGAUCGCCUGCUCCUACUCCAGGGCUUUUACCACCCCAUGUCGAUAGCAUUUCUAUCUUGAUCUGCGCCGCCGAAGACCUCCUUGAUAAGGCGCGGAAAGAGACCGUAGCUGUAGUAGAUAAUAUGGAUUCCCAGACUCUAUACGAGUAUCAAAAGCUUGUCGCUACAGGAUUGGGGUGUCUCGAGGCCGUCCUAGACAAUCCAAAACUAGCUCCACGGUUAGAAGCUAAGACGCGGUUUCGGUAUGCUAGUAUAUUAUGUGAGGAAACGAAUAAUAUUAUGGAAGCUGAGACUGCCCUAACCAAGGGCAUCACACUGUGUGAAAGAAAUCGAUUUACGGAUCUAAAAUACGCCAUGCAUUUCCUUCAGAUCAAAUUACUAUUUUCGCAACAGAAAGUAAAGGCAGCAUUGAUCUCAGUAGAUGGUCGGAUACGAGAUGCUGAAGUAAUGAAGCACUAUUCUUGGGUGUACGCCUUUCGAUUCUUGAAGACUUCUAUAUAUCUUCAGUCCGCCAAUCCGUCGGAUACACAUGCGCUCGAUAACCUGAAAGCCAUAGCCACCCUCGCUAGUCAACAGAACGAUCGUGCUGUUUUUGUGACGGCCUCUCUACUCGAAGCCCUAAGUCUCCUUAGGACUAUGAAAGACGAUGCUAUAGUUCGCAUACAGGCCUGUAUUGCUCAAGCGUUAAAGUACCAAUUCGAGGAUUCGGUCCGCAUCCCUCAACUCGACACCUUAGCUCUUAUGAUCGACCUUGCCUGCAGCUUACAGCAGAAAGCGGUUCACGUUAUCAUGCAGAAGUUGAAGAAUCUCCAGGAUCAUGUGGACUCAUGUAUGAAUGAUAAAUCAUGGCAUCAUGCCGAGAUGGAAUUACUACUCCCUAUCCGAAAAAGCAAUACGCACGUAAUUAGCCAGGAUACGUCGGCCGUUCUGAGGCCUGGAGGACAGGAUGAUGCUUACGACUAUCUCGCCAUGUCGUUCUGGAGCAAACUCGAGGCUUUCGCCGUAACAUAUACGUAUAGUGGUCUCGCGCUUUUAUACCAAACGCCUCGCAAUGAUAAGAGGAUAUUCAAGCUUUGGGAAGAGGCUCUUUCCCAACUGCAAAAGGCCGGUAUCAGACUACAAGGCCUGCCGAACUCACUGGCAGAUGCUAUUAAGAGGACGGAUUGGCAGAAGGAAUGGAUUUGCUAUCUCUAUAUACUUCAGGGUUUACAUUUUGCAACUUACACUCGGUGGUCCGAAGUCAAGAAUUGUGUAGCACAAUUGGAGGACCUAGUCAAGCCUCCACUUGAAGGCAUCGUCGUACUAUACUCUACAUAUCUUGCAGGAGUAUAUCAUCAGGGAACCGGCGAUUUGAAUACCGCUAGCUCAAUUUUCUGCAACAGAAUCUUCAGCCUUGAGGAUGACGGAAGAAAUGGAAAUCGAAAAACGACGGAAAUCGACGUGUCACUAUUAGCGACUUUCAACCGAAUCUGGAUUAUGCAGCAUCCUGAUUACAGAGAUGAUCGAUUGACACUAGAUCUCCUAGAACAGCUUCGCCCGUACUGUCACGAUCACCCUAAUCUGGAGAUUCGCACAGCGUACAAUUUGGUUCUAGCGGCGGUACAGACAAACCCACCAAUUCCGAUGACGGCGGUCAAGAUGCACAUCUCGACGGCAUUGAACAGUGCGCAGUCCCUUGGAAAUGUGCAAACGCUAUCUAUUGCACUCAAUGUCAUGCGAGCCAAGCUCUUCCAAAGUAUCGUUGGUGAUCAAGCACUGAAGAGCGCAAAGGCAGCUUCAAACCAAGCGAAGAGAAGUGGCAAUACUCUCUGGAUGAGUGUUGCGGACGGGAUGCUUGCACAAAGUUACGACGUUCAAGGUCAAGCUCUAGAUGCACAGAAAGCAUGGGGAGAUGCGACGCAAUACGCAAACCAAGCAGUCGAGAUGAUGAGGAGUGAAGGUGCUGUCUGAAAUGGUGGUGACAACGAAGUGACAGUAAAUCCGGGUCUGUCGCGAGGGUAGGGCGUUAUGUAUAAUACCAUGGCAUUGCAUAGUAGGAUCGUAUGGCUGGGCGGACGGGAUGAUGUAGGCGUUUGUCAGGUCACAAUGGGAGCGAUCGUGAUUCUCGUUGGCCGGCUCGGACGGUUCAACAAUUAUACCCUCUUAUCAUUGAUAGGUCGCGAGACAAACCCAACCCCCUUUUAUUUGAAAAAUCAACCAACGACACGCAUUACGCAUACACAUAUCAAAACAUACACGUACACACGUACAGAUACACAUACACGUUGAUACAUCCGGCAUUGCUUUUGCAUGAUCUUACUCCACGGUCCGUACGGAGAAGCAGUGAACCAGGACAAGGUGUGACCAGGUUAACGUUACUCGACAUUAGAGAAAAAGAGCCGCUCGCUACCGUUGGAGUCUAUUCCGACGGAUCGAUGCUCCAAAAUCUCCGGCAUUUCAAUCGGGACCUGUUGCCGCA